CACAUUUUCUCUGCUAUGGACAUGUGUUUGGAACGUUAAUAUUCUCUGGAUCUGCAGACUUCCAUUUAUGGACUGGAUCCAUCAGACCUCUGCUUGUGUCUGAGCCAUGCUGCGUGUGUUUAUUCUGUGCGCAGAGCGUCUGCAAACGCCAGACGAUGACAUCAGCGACGCCUACUGCACCGUCACCUACGAAGGGUCCAAGAAGAAGACAAAGAUCAUCAAGAACAACCCCAACCCUGUUUGGAAUGAGGGCUUUGAAUGGGAUCUGAAGGGGAUUCCUCUGGACUCUGGAGCUGAGCUGCACUGCGUUGUCAAAGACCAUGAGAAGAUGGGGAGAAACAGGUUCCUGGGAGAGACGAGACUGGCUCUCAGAGAUGUACUCAACUCUCCCAACCUGGCUGCUUCCUUUACCGUCUCCCUGUUGGACACUAAGAGAAACAACACAGGGGCUACCCUGACCCUGCAGGUCUCCUACAUCCCUCCACCAGGAUCAGCUCCAGUCUUCCAGCCUCCUCCACAGCCGGAGGCUCUGCCCCAUAACAACCCCAGUGUGGAGCUGGACACCGUCACAAUGAUUUCUCUGGACACUUUGGGUGAAGAGGACACAGAGAGCAUGAUGAUGCUGGAGUCCACUGAGGACCAGGGCCCCGAUGACGGACGCUCCAUGGUGAUUGUCGGACCCCAGGGUCCCCCUGGUCAGGAGUCCCCGACUGCCCAGACCCCGAAGCGCUCCCCUCCAUCAUACAACCCCCAGGGAGGGCUGAGGAAGAGGAGGAGAGGAGCCAGCAGUCAGCCCAAACCACUGCCCAACAAACCCCAGGACCUCCAGGUUCGGGUGCGGAUUAUUGAGGCGCGACAGUUGCCGGGCAUUAACAUCAAGCCCGUCGUCAAAGUAACAGUAGCCGGACAAAACAAGAGGAGCCGCAUCAGAAAAGGCAACAACCCAGUGUUUGAUGAGACAUUCUUUCUGAACUUCUUUGAGACUCCAUCAGACCUGUUUGAUGAACCAAUCUUCAUCACUGUGUGUGACUCACGCUCACUGAGGACUGAUGCUGUAAUUGGUGAAUUCAAGUUGGAUGUGGGGACAGUCUAUAAUGAGCACAGACACUGCUUCUUGAGGAAAUGGCUGCUUCUGUGUGACCCUGAUGACCUCUCUGCUGGGGUCAAAGGUUACCUAAAGGUCAGCCUGUUUGUCUUGGCUGCUGGAGACGAGCCACCGGCUGACAGGCGUGAGUGUGUGGAGGAUAAAGAAGACAUUGAAGGAAACCUGCUGAGGCCGGCCGGUCUGUCUCUGAGAGGAGCCACCUUCACCCUGAGGAUCUUCAGAGCUGAAGACCUUCCACAGAUGGACGAUGCCUUCAUGGACGGAAUGAGACACAUUCUUGGGUUUGACAGCAACAGGAAGAACCUGGUGGAUCCUCUGGUGGAGGUCCACUUUGCAGGAAAAACAGUUUGCACCAAGACUCUGGAAAAAAAUGCCAAUCCACAGUGGAACCAGAGCCUGGCCAUGCCUAUUAGGUUUCCUUCCAUGUGUGAGAAGAUGAGGAUCCGGGUGCUGGACUGGGACCGAGCCAGUCACAAUGAUGUCAUUGGCACUGCCCAUCUCUGCAUGUCCAAAAUCUCAGCCCCUGGAGGAGAGAUAGAUGACGACUUGACUCCACGGACCGUCCACUCUGGCAUGGAUGACAGUCUGGGUUUCCUGCCGACGUUUGGUCCGUGUUUUGUCAAUUUGUACGGCAGCCCCAGAGAGUUCAGCGCCUUCAACGACCCACAUGAAGCUCUAAACCUGGGAAAAGGGGAGGGUGUGGCAUACAGAGGCCGAGUUUUACUGGAACUAACCACAAAACUGUCAGACAAACCAGAGCAGAAGACUGAGGACGUCCCAUCAGAUGACCUGCUGGUGGUGGAGAAGUUUCUCAGGAAGCGGAAGUUCUCUCUCUUUGUGGCAUUUUAUUCCGCCACGCUCCUCCAGGACGUCGAUGAUGCCAUCCAGUUUGAGGUCAGCAUUGGUAACUACGGCAACAAGUUUGACUACACCUGCCUCCCUCUGGCCUCCACCACGCAGUUCAGCAGAGCGGUGUUUGACGGUUGUCAUUACUACUACCUCCCAUGGGGAAACGUGAAGCCGGUGGUGGUUCUGUCUUCAGAAUGGGAAGAUAUCAAACCGAGGAUCGAGGCUCUGAACAUGCUGCUGGCUGCCAUCGACAGAUUGGAGUUGAACCUGCAACGGGUGCAGCAGGAGGUGAAGGCGGGCAGUGACCUGGAGGAGGUGGAGCUCAGGGUGGUCGAACUAUUGGAUCAGGUCAUCACCGACUGCACUCAGGAACUGCCGUCUCUGGACCAGUGGCAGUGCACGACCCCUCUGGAUCGCUCACUGAGGCACAUUCGCUCUUUGCACUUGGAGCAGAUCGUCCAGGCGGCGCUGGCUCUCAAACACGGCCAGGCCACCGAGCUUUCCACCGUCAUGGAGCAGGCUGAGGACUGGGCCAACAGGCUGAGGACCAUGGCUGAGGAGCCUCAGAACAGUCUUCCAGACAUCGUCAUAUGGAUGCUGCAGGGCGACCGCAGGGUGGCCUACCAACGCAUUCCGGCUCACUCCGUCCUCUUCUCCCAGCAACACUGUGGGAAACACUGUGGACGGCUGCAGACCAUCUUCCUCAAGUAUCCCCAGGGCAGUGGUGGGGAGGCCAAGCUUCCUGGUCAGAUCAGGGUCAAAGUGUGGUUCGGAUUGGCUGCAGAUGUCAAACACUUCAACCAGUUUGCUGAGGGGAAGCUGUCUGUCUUUGCUGAGACGUAUGAAAACCAGACUCGACUUGCCCUGGUGGGCAGCUGGGGAACUACAGGUUUGACUUAUCCCAAAUUCAGUGACGUCACAGGUCGGAUUAAACUUCCCAAAGAGAGCUUCAAACCCUCGCCUGGGUGGACCUGGGCCGGAGACUGGUACAUCAGCCCUGAGAAGACACUACUGUUUGACGUGGAUGCCGGUCACAUGACCUUCACAGAGGAAGUGUUUGAAAACCAAAUGAGGCUUCCAGGAGGGCAGUGGAUCGGCAUGCCUGAGGGCUACACCGACGUCAAUGGUGAAAAAGCAGUGCCAAAGGAUGAGGUGGAGUGUCCCCCUGGUUGGGUGUGGGAGGAGGUGGAGUGGAGUGAGGAUCUCAACAGGGCCGUGGAUGAUCAAGGUUGGGAGUACGGCAUCACCAUCCCUCCAGAUCGCCGUCCCAAAUCAUGGGUUCCAGCUGAAAAGAUGUACCACACCAACCGGCGGAGAAGAUGGAUCCGGAUGAGACGACGAGACCAACAGAAGAUGGAUGCUCUAAAAAAGCAGCGUCCAGACGACUCCGAGAAGGAGGGCUGGGAGUACGCUUCGUUGUUUGGUUGGAAAUUCCACCUGAAGCCGAGGAAGACGGACAGCUUCAGGAGGCGGAGGUGGAGGUGUCGCAUGGAGCCUCUGGAGAAGACAGGCCCCGCUGCCAUCUUCGCCCUGGAGUGUUCUCUGAGCAGUAUAGAGGACAAGAACGACGAUAAAUCAGUCACGACCACAUUUGGAGUCAACAGACCGACCAUUUCCUGUUUCUUUGACCAUGGGACUCGUUACCACCUUCGGUGCUAUCUGUACCAAGCUCGAGACCUGCUGCCCAUGGACAAAGACAGUUUCUCAGACCCCUACGCUAUCGUGUCCUUCCUCCAUCAGUCUCAGAAGACGGUGACGGUUCGUAACACACUAAACCCCACCUGGGACCAGACCCUCAUCUUCUAUGAGGUGGAGAUAUUUGGCGACGCUGAGACCAUGACGGUCAACCUGCCCAAUGUGGUGGUGGAGCUGUACGAUCAGGAUACAUACGGAGCUGAUGAGUUCAUGGGCCGCUGUGUGUGUCAGCCCUCCAUGACUCCCUCCCCCCGCUUGGCCUGGUUCCCCAUUCACCAAGGGGGCAAGAACGCCGGCGAGCUGCUGGCCGCCUUCGAACUUACACGCAGGGAAAAGCCAUCGGUUCACCAUAUUCCUGGUCAAGAGGGAGACAUCAUAACCUCCACUCAUGUUCUGGAUGAGCUGUUGUUUCCAGACUUCCUCUCCAAGAACCUGCAGCAAUGGCCGGACGAGUCAGACCUCCCGUAUCCCCCUCCUCAGAGAGAACCCAACGUCUUCAUGGUUCCUCAGGGAAUCAAACCUGUUCUGCAGAGAACCGCUAUCGAGAUCUUAGCGUGGGGCGUCCGGAACCUGAAGAGUUUCCAGUUGGCCAGUGUCACCUCUCCCAGCCUGCAGGUGGAGUGUGGAGGCUGCAUGGUGCAGAGCUGCGUCAUCCGCAGCGUGAAGAAAAAACCCAACUUUGACAUCAACACACUCAUCCUUGAUGUGAGACUACCCCGUGAGGAGCUCUACAUGCCACCGAUAGUCAUCAAAGUCAUCGAUAACCGUCAGUUUGGCAGGAAGCCGGUGGUGGGUCAGUGCACCGUCCGUUUACUGGAGGACUACCGGUGCAGCACCGAGGAGGAGGAAGAGGAGGAGGAGGAGGAUGGAUGGAGGAGUGAGAGGCCAGACUUAAUUUCUGGAGAUGUUUUUGUCCACAUUGAUGAUGAGGAGCUGCUCAUACCUGAACAGGCAGAAGAGUUCAUGGACUGGUGGAGUAAGUUUUAUGCCUCGACAGGAGAGAAAAACAAGUACGGGACGUAUCUGGAGAAAGGCCUGGACACACUAAAGGUGUUUGACCGGGAGCUAGAGAAGGUGGAGGGUUUUGAAGGUCUGUCGGAUUUCUGUCAAACCUUCAAACUGUACAGAGGAAAGACUCAAGAUGAAGGAGAAGAUCCAUCUGUGGUGGGGGAGUUUAAGGGUAUGUUUAAGAUCUACUCCCUCCCAGACGACCCCUCCGCCCCUUCACCUCCCCGACAGUUCCGAAAACUCCCGCCCAACGGCAUCGAGGACUGUCUGGUCCGGGUCUACGUCAUCCAGGCUCAUGGACUGCAGCCCAAAGACCCCAAUGGGAAGUGUGAUCCGUACGUGAAGAUCACUCUGGGGAAGAAGAGCAUCAAUGAUCAUGAUAACUACAUCCCCUGUACACUGGACCCUGUCUUUGGAAAGAUGUUCGAACUCACCUGCUCGCUCCCGCUGGAGAAGGACCUCCGGGUGAUGCUGUACGACCAUGACAUGCUGACCAAGGAUGAGAAGAUCGGUGAGACGGUCAUCGACCUGGAGAACCGCUUCCUGUCCAAGUAUGGAGCCAUGUGCGGGCUGCCCCAGUCCUACUGUGUAUCGGGUGUAAACCAGUGGCGGGACCAGUUGACACCUCGUCAGCUGCUGCACAGAGUUUGUGAGCGGAGAAACUUGAGAAAACCAGUCUACGAUGGAAACCGAGUCUUCUUCCGAGGAGACGAGUUUACUGCAGCAGACCUCGAGGACAGCAAGUCAUCCAGUCCUCACCUGGGUCCAGUUGAGGAGCGACUGGCCCUGCACAUCUUGAGGAGAGUGGGUUUGGUACCUGAACAUGUGGAGACCAGACCUCUGUACAGUCCUCUGCAGCCGGACAUAGAACAGGGCCGUCUGAUGAUGUGGGUGGACCUGUUCCCCAAGUCCCUGGGACCACCUGGACCUCCAUUUAACGUCACACCCCGCAAGGCCAAGAAGUUUUUCCUGCGUUGCAUUGUGUGGAACACCAGUGACGUUAUCCUGGAUGACAUCAGCAUCAGCGGAGAGAGGAUGAGUGACAUCUACGUCAAAGGGUGGAUGGAGGGACACGAACACAACAAGCAGAAGACAGACGUUCACUACCGCUCUCUGGGAGGAGAGGGAAACUUCAACUACAGGUUCCUGUUUCCGUUCCACUACCUGCCGGCGGAGCAGCUGUGUGUCAUCGACAAGAAGGAACAUUUCUGGAGUCUGGAUAAAGCUGAAACUAAACUGCCUCCCAAACUCUCCAUCCAGAUCUGGGACAACGACAAGUUUUCCUUCGAUGACUACCUUGGUCACCUGGUCAUGGACCUGAACCACAUGCUGCGACCGGCUAAGUCUGCAGAGAAGUGCGACCUGCAGCUGCUGGAGCAGCCGGCCGAGCGUCUGGUGUCUCUGUUCGAACAGAAGACGGUCAAAGGCUGGUGGCCCUGCACCUGUCAGCAGGACGGACACAAGAUCAUGGCUGGGAAGGUGGAGAUGUCUCUGGAGAUCGUGACAGAACAGGAGCAGGAGGAGAGACCAGCCGGCCUGGGCAGAGACGAACCCAACAUGAACCCACACCUGGAGGAGCCUCAGCGUCCAGAAACCUCGUUCCUCUGGUUCUCCUCGCCCUAUAAGACCCUCAAGUUCAUCCUGUGGAGGAGGUUCAAAUGGUUCAUCAUCCUCUUCAUCAUCCUCUUCCUCAUCAUCCUCUUCCUGGGAGUCUUCCUCUACGCAUUCCCGAACUACGCGGCUAUGAAGAUGGUGGGACCUUUUGGACCCCCGAGGACCUCCCAGUGAGGACAGACGUGUCCAACAGAGCACGGACAGGCCUAAGACGACCGCUCACUUUCAUCUUCUUUUUCUGCCUUCCUUUGUUCUCGAACCCUGUCGUCUUCUUUUCCUACAGUUGUCAUUUCUGAAUGAGUUGAGGAACUUUGUAUUGGUCUUCUUUUUCUUUCUCCUCUUGUGGCCGGAGUUCAGCAGGUUAAGUCUGGGAUUUGUUGUAUCUGCUCAGGGAGUUUCAGCUUUAUUAGUACAACGUUUUCAGGUCGAUGGAUGUGAGUAGAUAAGGACACACGUCACACUCUGUAUGUGCAGGUUGGAGUCUGUUUUGGUUCCAGUGUGACACAGUCUGAACAGGGAGAGGUACACAGGUGGGACUAAUCCAUCCAGAUUCUCCAGGAUUUCCUGAGUUUCAUGUCUUAGGUUUUAUUUUUGUUGCUAAGUAGUCUGUGUCUGGUUAAACAGCACACAAAGUCCAAACUAUCGACAGAAGUGGAGGACGCCUCCACCUGUGCACUGUUCUCCUGCUGCAUUUGACUUCACACCUUCUCUUCAUUUGCUUCGGUCCACACCGCUGUGGAAAAGGGACUGGGUCCUGUUUGGUCAGUUUUCAGCUCAGUUAUGAGCCACGCAGGCCUUGGAAACAACAGUCACAUGGACUCACAAGCAGCUCUUUGAUUGGACAGAGUUUUGGUAACACUAAUAAUGCCUCAGAGAGCUGACGAAACAAACCCCUCAGCUGUGGAUUCCACUGGUUUACCUGCUCGGAACCAAAUAUGAGCAUCAGUCCAUACUUUUAGGCCAUGUUUCCACUUUGUGGAACCGGCUCCACUCGACUCUGGUACCAGGUCCUAUUCCAGACCGUUUCCAUUACAGGAUACUACUCACUUUAAUAAUAAUAAUAAUUAUGGAUUGGAUUUAUAUAGCGCUUUUCUAGACACCCAAA